AUGUCUAAAAUUCUUGAUCAUGAAGUAAAGGAGAAGCAUCAGAUUAGUUUAAAUGUUGCUUUAGAUUUAAUUUCUUUUAUAAUCAAUGAAUGGUAUGAAUCAGAAACCAUUAAUAUGAAGCAACUUAUUAAUCUUGAUUCAUAUAACAUUCAAACAGAUAUAGAAAAUUCUAGGACUACGAUGUCUUUUAGAAAUGCAGUAAAUUUAUUGAGGGAAUUUGAUAAUAAUGACUAUUUAUCAAAUUCAAAUCUAGCUUCAAAAUAUUUGACACUAGCUAAAACUUCUGAUGCAACUAUAUUUCCUUUUUCUGCCACGUUAAUUUCUUUAUUUUGCCUGACACACAAUCAUUUGACUGCCGAUGAUUUGAUUAAGAGAACAAUUUCAAAUGAAUCUAAUUAUGAAAGUCUUUUUCGUAACACAUUAUAUUUGUGUUAUGGUACAUUUUUAGAAUGUAAAUGGUUUUUGAAUAAUGAUGACAAGAUUUUGUUACUUGAUGAUUCAAAUCUUACAAACAAAGCAAUAUUUUUUUCAAGACUUUUCCAAAUAGAAUCAUGUAGUAAAGAAGAUGCAAAUAAAUUACUUGAAGUAUCAACAAAGUCAUUUUUAAAUAAUAAACUUGAAAAAAAAUGCUUAUUUGAAUAUUUACUAGGAAAGGUAGAAUUGAAAGAUGUCUUAAAAGUUCAGUCAAAAGAUGUCAUAUCAGCUUUAGUUCCUAUAUUGUGCAGGAGAAGUUUUGAUUUACCAUCUUCAGAAAUUAAUAGUGUAGUGGCAUCCCUUAAAAACCUUUACUCAAGUAAUCCAGAUCAUCCAUAUUUGUUGUUUUGUAUUGGAAUGAUUAUUAAAAAUAAACAUCCACGAGAGGCAUGGGGUUGUUUAUCUUCAAUAUUUCCCAAAUUAUUCUUUAAUUUUACUUUGACAAAAACGAUGGUUGAGUUGUCGGAACGAUUGGUUAUACCAAUAAAACAAUUAGCUAAUGUUAUGGAUUGUUAUUAUAAGUAUGGACCUAUUGAUCAUAAUUUUAUAGUAAAAUAUUGUAAAUUACUAGCUUGUGAAAAACAAUUUGAAAAAUUAGAAGAUUGUUUAAGUAAAUAUUUUAAAUCUUACAAAAAUUAUGUCGAAAUCCAGAAUAUAAUAUCAUUAAAAGAAUACCAACAACUACAAUUGUUGUGGGUAAUUAGUUAUAAAAAUUUAGGAUUUUGUAAAAAAGCUAUACAAAUUAUAGAUCAAAUUCACAUCAAAAAUUUGGAUCUCUCAGAAGAGUGGAUCAUUUUGAAAUUGUCAUGUUAUUUGCAUGAUAAUAAAUUUUUGGAAACCAUAAAGUACUACGAAGAAGGGAAAUUUACUUCCAAAUCAUCAGAUAAAAUCCAUGGACUUGCUUUAUAUGCUUAUUUACAAUUGCUAGUUGUAACACCACCAUUUUCAAAGCAAAAAAUUCUUUGCCUAAAAGGGAUUUAUGAAAUAUUAUACAAUCUUUCAAUAACAUUUAAAAGUUCCUAUCAAUUACUUGUUUCAUCAGCCAGACAUUACUUCUUUUUGGAACUUGGAUUUAUGAAUAAAAAGCUAGUUAAAGAAAUAGCAUUACCAUUAUAUAAUGAUUUCAAAGAUAAUUUACAACAUUAUUUUAUUAAUCUGGCAUUCAAUGAAACAUUAUCUAUAGUUAAAUCAAGUUCAGAAGAUGGAAAGGUUAUCAGUGUAGAACAUUUAAAAGAAAUUGUUAGAUGCCUAUUAAUAAUGUAUAAUCAAGAAAAAAAAGAAUUGUAUUUAGAAAUAUCUUUAGAAUGUCUAACAGCAAUGGAGAAAAAAGCAGAUGAAUCUUUCUUGUAUGAAAUUCUUCUCACAAAAUCAAUUGUACUACUAUUUUCCAAACAAUUUAAUAAAUCAAAAGAAGUUUUAAGAUGUUUAAUUGAAAAAAAUUUAAAAGUUAUAAAACCUUGGCUUCUUCUUUUUAUUAUAGAAAUACUUUGUGGUGAAAUUGAUAGUGAAAGUAUUGUAACAUUAGUUGAAACAUGUAUAAAAAUGAAUAAUGAUGAUCCAAUGGUUCCAAUUAUGGUUGUUAUCAUUGCUCUCAACAAUUCCCAAUCAAGUCAUAAUUUUGAAUGUGAAUCAUGGGAAUACCUAUUUAGACAGGUCCUUCAAAGUUCAAUAAGAGGGGAAACCUUAACAAUGAUUGAACUUUUUUCAUUAUUUAGAUUAAUAAAACCUAAUCAAUAUAAUGAUAAUGGUAGUGACAAUGAAAUGGAAGAUUUUUGGUAUGCAUUUAAAAAUUAUAUGUUAAAAAAAUAUAUUAAUUAUAACAAUUUGAAAGAUGAAGAAGUAGGAGAUUUCCUAAGAGCUUUUGCUGCUUUUCAAAUUAAUGAUGUCAAUUAUAGUGAUGAAAUAUUUAAAAAUAUGUUAGAAAGUGAUAAUAAAUUAUUUAAAACAAUACAAACUUUCACAUCAGGAGUAGUAAAAUUACAAUGUGGUGGUACAAAAAAUGAUAUAUUAGGUGAAUUAAAAAAAGCACCAUUAUUAGAAAAUGCAGAAGAAUUUUUAAAUAAUUUAGAUGUUAUUGAUAAUAAUCCAUCUACAAAUAUAGGAAUACUUUUAAAAGGAAUUAAAGAAAAUGACAUAGAAAUGUUUAAAUCUGUAUUUAAACCUAGAUACGUAUCAUUAAUUUUAUCAUACAUUUAUGCAAAUAAAUUGGAAGUAAAUAAAGAAAUAUUUGAAGCUAUGAAAAGUUAUCCAACAAAUAUUUUAACACAAUGUAAUCCAUAUGAUAACUUGGAUGUUAAAGGAAUGAUUGAUAUAGAUGGAGGAUGUAUAGAUACAAAAGAUAAUUUGACAACAGAGAGUGAAGGUGAUAAAGUAUUACUAGAAAAAAGUUUAUAUCUUAAGCUAAUGUAUUUGAGAGAACAAUAUGAAAUUGAUUAA